AUGUCGCAUUUACUCUUCAAGAGCUUUACGUUUGAUGAAAAAAACAAGUUUCGCUCCCCCAGCUGGGGAAAAGGCGCUGUCGCACAUGUCGACACUCCAUCCUUGAAGGGUUUCCAACACGACUUUGAACAGCGUCACCAGGGAAACGAGCAUAGCAGUCAGGGAACUGCAGUGUUGUCCAUGUUAGGUGUGACUGAGUGCAUGGGGCAGAAAGAAGUGACGGCCGCACCUGUAGAGCCGCCAAGUGUAAAGCCACUGAUUAUAUGGGUUCCUAUUAACGGUCAGGCGAAGUUAACCAUUCAGGGGAUCGAAUGCGAAGUAUAUGCGCUACCUGAAGGUACGGAGAGGAGGUUUAAAGUAGUUGACAAUUCGUUGGCGCAUUUUCUGCGACUACAGUUCGCAGGUGGUACCAUGUACACCAAGGACUUACAUAAUUGUUAA